UGGCCACCACCUGAGCUCACACUCUGCUGCCCAGCAACAUGGAGUUCCCCAUGGCUGCCCUCGCUGUCCUGCUCCUCACUGCAGCCCUCUGUUCCCAGACAUUGUGUGAGUCUGUCUUCCCUUCUUCCUUGCCCUUUGGUGCUGACACCCCGCCUACCUUCUGCUUCUCCUAUAUCUCCUGGCGGAUUCCGCGCAAAUUUGUGGAUGACUAUUAUGAGACCAGCAGCCAGUGCUCCAAGCCCGGUGUCAUCUUCCAAAUCAAAAAAGGCCGGCAGGUCUGUGCUGACCCUGCUGAGGUUUGGGUCCAGGAAUACAUGACCGACCUGGAGCUGAAUGCCUGAGUG